AGGCGCGAGCCGCCCGGCCGCUGUGAAGCGCGGGAGAAGCCGGAAUGUCAGCUUUCCUAUCGCUGUCUGGUUGUUGAAACAGGAUUCUGGCCUGGGUCCGGGGCCGCCAUGGGGAAGGUGAAUGUGGCCAAGUUGCGUUACAUGAGCCGGGAUGACUUCAGGGUCCUGACCGCGGUUGAAAUGGGCAUGAAGAACCAUGAAAUUGUUCCCUGCAGUUUGGUUGCUUCUAUAGCCAGCCUUAAACAUGGUGGUUGCAAUAAAGUUUUAAGAGAACUAGUAAAACAUAAACUUAUAGCUUGGGAACGAACCAAAACUGUCCAGGGCUAUCGGUUGACAAAUGCAGGCUAUGAUUACCUAGCUUUGAAAACACUUUCUUCUAGACAGGUGGUUGAGUCUGUUGGAAACCAGAUGGGUGUUGGCAAAGAAUCUGAUAUUUACAUUGUUGCAAAUGAAGAAGGGCAGCAAUUUGCAUUAAAGCUUCACAGACUGGGGAGAACCUCCUUUCGAAAUCUGAAAAACAAGCGUGAUUAUCAUAAACACAGGCAUAACAUGUCUUGGCUUUAUUUAUCUCGUCUCUCUGCCAUGAAAGAAUUUGCUUAUAUGAAGGCAUUGUAUGAAAGGAAAUUUCCAGUUCCAAAGCCAGUUGAUUAUAAUCGCCAUGCAGUGGUCAUGGAACUCAUAAAAGGCUAUCCUCUAUGUCAGAUACACCACGUUGAAGAUCCUGCAUCAGUAUAUGAUGAAGCUAUGGAACUAAUUGUUAAACUUGCAAAUCAUGGGCUGAUUCAUGGAGAUUUCAAUGAAUUCAAUCUCAUUUUGGAUAAAGAUGACCACAUCACCAUGAUCGAUUUUCCACAGAUGGUUUCAACUUCUCAUACCAAUGCUGAAUGGUAUUUUGACAGAGAUGUUAAAUGCAUCAGAGAUUUCUUCAUGAAACGUUUCAGCUAUGAAAGUGAGCUUUUCCCAACCUUUAGUGAUAUCAGGAGGGAGGACUCUCUUGAUGUAGAGGUUUCUGCCAGCGGCUACACAAAGGAAAUGCAGGCAGAUGAUGAACUACUUCAUCCAGUAGGUCCAGAUGAUAAAAGUAUUGAAACAGAGGAGGGAUCUGAAUUCUCAUUUUCUGAUGAAGAGAUAUCAGAAAAAGCAAAGGACUGUAGAUCAGAUAUUGAAAGUGUACAGAACUCUAUAGGUGAAUCAGUUGACUGCUGUUACAGAUCAUCUGGAGACCUUGAACAAAUAAAGGAAGACAGUUUGUCAGAGGACAGUGCUGAUGCACAUAGUUUUGAAAUGACUGAAUUCAAUCAGCCUUUAGAAGAAAUAAAAGGGCAGGUUGUUACAAACAGUUCUGUAACUGAGUUUUCUGAGGAGAAUAGCAGAACUGAACAUGACACCAGGCAAGAUGAUAAGACAGGUCAAGGUGGAAUCCUCAUGGGCUCUGAGGAGUAUGAAGAUGAGUGCCCUCAUGUGAUUGCCUUGUCAUCAGUAAACAAAGAAUUAAGGCCUUUCAGAGAUGAAGAAAAUAUGGAAGAUACUAAUCAACAUAGAACAAGAACUCUGAGUGUUACUUCUGUGGGCAGUGUGUUAAGCUGUUCAACAAUUCCUCCGGAAUUGGUGAAACAGAAGGUGAAGCGUCAGUUGACAAAACAGCAAAAAUCAGCUGUGAGACGACGAUUACAGAAAGGAGAAGCAAAUAUAUUUACAAAGCAACGGAGAGAAAACAUGCAAAAUAUUAAAUCAAGUUUGGAAGCAGCUAGCUUUUGGGGAGAGUAAUAUAUUUAAGAAGUUGAAUAUUUUUCAAAAAGUUACUAUGAUCCCUUUUUAAGCCACCUUUAGUAUUUUUUGGACCAAGGCAGAUAUAUAUAUAUAAAUAGAUAAGUAAACCCUCUUUCAUCAAUAAAUUUGACUCAUUCAGUACAUGUCUUCUAAAGAAUAACUAUAGUAAUUCUGCUAAAGCAACCCAGUUUUCCAAGUAAUUUUUUGUUAGGAAUAUUUGAGUUUUUUGUUUUUUGUUUUCAGUACGCGGGCCUCUCACUGUUGUGGCCUCUCCCGUUGUGGAGCACAGGCUCCGGAUGCGCAGGCCCAGCGGCCAUGGCUCACAGGCCCAGCCGCUCCGCGGCAUAUGGGAUCUUCCCGGACCGGGGAACGAACCUGUGUUCCCUGCAUCGGCAGGCGGACUCAACCACUGCGCCACCAGGGAAGCCCUUGAGUAUUUUUUAAAAUCGAAAUAUCACUGUUUUUGCCUGGUUUUGUUCUCUACCACAAACAGGUAGAUUGCUUGGUUUCAUAUUCCAGCUUUUCCACUUACUAGUGGAAACAACCUUAGGCAAGUGUUAUUUCUCUCUCCCUCUUUCUCCUUCUCUGCCUCAGUUUUCUUAGUGUUAAAAUUGGAUUUAUAACUACUUUGUAGCCUUGUUGUGAGGAUUAUAUGAGACAGUGCACAGAAAGCACUUAGAACAAUGUCUAGCACUUUAAAGUGUAGCUGUUGGAAUGGUAAUUACAAUGAUGUUUAUCUUUCAGAAAAUCUGCUAACGACUUGGUUGCAUUUUAUUUAGCCACAGGAAGAAUUCACUGCCAUAUAUUUUUUUAGUCUCUUGUAUUAAGGGUAAACCAGCUAUGUCUCCUUUUAUUUUCUGCUACUUAAAUUGGUAAUGUGGUCAUGGGAACAGAAAUUUGAGAUAGUCAUACCAUGAUUUUUACAGUUUCCAGUUUUUAUGCAGCCUGAACAGAAGUAGAAGACUUAAGGGUGGGGGGAAGUAGAAGGGAUGAGAAGUGAACAGUUCUUUCUGAUAUUCUUAACUGGGUGGGUCAAGAACAUAUUUCAUGUCAAAGAUAACAAAUAUAGUUGACCCUUGAACAACGUGGGUUUGAACUUCGAGGGUCCACUAUACACAGAUGUUUUUUCAAUAAAUACAUACUACAGUA